AUGGCAGCGGAAUCCAUAGAACGAUUAGCAAGUGCGUUUAGUGAAGACGAGAUUCCUGAGGAAGACAGAAACGCUUUCAAAGCCCACGCGGAAUUUCUCGCGAGACGACACCAUCAACAGCGAUCGGCUUGGAGGCAAUUAGUAACAUGGGUGAACGGCAAGAUCACCCUGUAUAAUGUGACCUUUGGCCUCUACAUCCUGGACUGGUGGGAGGUCCUCCUAGUCAACACCGUUGGAGCUCUCAUCCUCUGCUUCCUCCUCUACCACUCGUGUCUCCUCAUCAUCACAUCCGUGAAGACAGUCGCUUCUUUGAUAUCAUACUUACCUUGA